AUGGUGGCUUCUCGAUUCCUUGCGGCUUUCGCCGCCUACAGCGGCCUUAGCCAGGCAAUGUGCCCUUACAUGGAGAGCGAUGCUCGUGACCUUCCAGCACAUCAUCCUCCUGUUCGAAGAGAUGAUUCGACACCAACUGCUGCUCGUACCGAUGAAUUCAUGGCACAGUUUGAACUCAACGACAGCGAAGGGGACUACAUGACCAGCGAUGUCGGAGGACCAUUCGAAGACCAGAACAGCCUCAAGGCAGGGGAGAGAGGACCUACACUCUUAGAAGACUUUAUCUUCCGCCAAAAGAUCCAACACUUCGACCAUGAGCGAGUUCCCGAAAGGGCGGUUCACGCAAGAGGCGCAGGAGCACAUGGUGUUUUCGAAUCAUAUGGUGAUUGGUCAAACAUCACCGAUGCUUCCUUCCUAAACUCGGGCGGAAAGCAGACCGAUGUUUUCAUCCGAUUCUCUACUGUGGCAGGUAGCCGUGGUUCGGCUGAUACGGUUCGCGAUGUUCAUGGUUUUGCAGUCAGGUUCUAUACCGAUGAAGGCAACUACGACAUUGUAGGCAACAACAUUCCGGUGUUCUUCAUCCAAGACGCCAUCAAGUUUCCGGAUCUCAUCCAUGCUGUAAAACCAAACCCAGACCGCGAAAUUCCCCAGGCUGCAACCGCCCACGACACGGCAUGGGAUUUCUUCAGCCAGCAACCCAGUGCUCUUCACACGCUCUUCUGGGCGAUGAGCGGUCACGGAACCGUGCGCUCCUUCCGCCAUAUGGAUGGUUGGGGUGUCCACACCUUCCGUUUCGUUACCGGCGAUGGCAAAUCGAAGCUUGUCAAGUUCCGCUUUCAGACUCUCCAGGGCAAGGCAUCGCUACUUUGGGAAGAGGCGCAGGUUACGGCGGGUAAGAAUGCGGACUUCCAUCGCCAGGAUCUGUGGGAUAGCAUUGACAGCGGAUCGUACCCCGAGUGGGAGUUCCAGGCCCAGAUCAUGGAUGAAGAGGAUCAACUCAGAUUCGGCUUUGAUCUUCUUGACCCCACCAAGAUCGUGCCGGAAGAGCUUGUGCCUUUCACGCCCUUAGGCAAGUUGACGUUGAACCGCAACCCAUCCAACUACUUUGCGGAAACUGAGCAGAUUAUGUUCCAACCCGGUCAUAUUGUGCGAGGCAUCGACUUCACAGACGACCCACUGCUGCAAGGCCGCAUCUUCUCCUAUCUAGACACCCAGCUCAACCGUCAUAACGGUCCCAACUUCGAGCAGAUUCCGAUCAACAGGCCCCGCGUCCCAAUUCACAACAACAACCGUGAUGGCGCAGCGCAAAUGUUCAUCCCACUAAAUACCGCCGCGUACUCUCCCAACACCGUCAACUCGGGCGGGCCAAAACAGGCCAACCAAACGGCCGGCAGAGGCUUCUUCACCGCACCCAACCGAUCGACACAAGGAAAACUCCUUCGUGCCGUGUCUUCCACCUUUGCCGACGUCUGGUCUCAACCCCGUCUCUUCUUCAACUCCCUACUCCCCGUCGAGCAACAAUUCGUCAUCAACGCAAUGCGCUUCGAGAGCUCGCAACUCAAGAGCGACGUCGUCAAGUCGAACGUCCUCAUCCAGCUCAACCGCAUCAGCCACGAUGUUGCCGUUCGCGUCGCUUCCGCCCUCGGCAUGACAGCGCCCGAAGCUGACGAGACGUACUACCAUGACAAUACGACGACCGGUGUGUCCGUCGCAAAAGGCGGACUUCUGAAGCUUGACGGCCUCAAAGUUGGAUACCUAACCUCUGCGGCCGUGUCUGGUAACUCCAGCGCUAGCGCAUUGAAGUCUGCGUUGAAGGCCGCAAACGUCAGCCUCGUGGUUGUCGCUGAGAAGCUCGGCGAUGGAGUCGACCAAACUUACUCCGCCAGCGACGCCUCCCAAUUCGACGCCCUUGUCAUCGCUGAUUCCACCGAUGGGCUCUUCACCACAUCCAACAACCUCGCUAAUUCCAACUCCACCACCUCCUCAUCGGGAGGCAACGCGACGUCUUCGCCUUUCGCGACACUGUACCCUGCUGGACGCCCGCUGCAGAUUCUGCAGGAUGGGUAUAGGUGGGGAAAGCCUGUUGCUGCUAUGGGCUCAGCGAGCGCCGCGUUCAAGGCUGCGGGUAUCGAGACGGGGACGCCGGGUGUGUACAGUGGAAGUGAUGUUGCUGAGCAGUUGAAGGAGGGUUUGAAGACGUUCAAGUUUUUGGACAGAUACCCGUUGGACUCAUAG